AUGGCGCCAUCUCGCCCAAGGCUUCAUUCGAUAUGGCAUGGGGGAACGGAUGGAGGGGACUCCAUUGAAGCGCCAGAGCUGAGUGAGCUUGAGAAUGAAGCUCUAGCAGCCGGCCAAGCACACCACAGCGUCCGCACGGCCAUGCUGGUCUAUGGCCGGCCACAGGUUCAAUUUGGCAACCUCCCCAUCAACCAGCAGGCCGCCUACAUUGACUUCAGCCAGCGGUGGCAUUCCUAUAUCGGCAUGGGGCCUGAUUUCGACUUUUUGAGCUUUCUCUAUCAAGGGAGACCGCUGCCUCAGGCCCCCCAGGCCACAGCCAAGACCCCCCAGGGCCUAUCUACCAGCUCCUUUCCUCUCAACCAGCCCUGCCUGCGCUUCUGGUGGCAGAGAUCUGCCUCUUCACCAUCCCCUAAGAUCCCUAUUGGUCAGUUCAAUGCAUUCAUGGGCUCCACAACCCCCACAUUCACUCCAAUCGACCCCAAUGUCACUGAAGGCAUUCCCGAUGGUGACCCGCGCCUGGCCGAGCUGGAACCAGGCCAGCGACUGCGACUGCUUGCACACCAGCCAUUCCCUCAAACCCCUAGGGGCCUUCAAGCACCAGACCUCCUGCUUGGGCUCUUUCAAGAAUUCAUGGGAACGCCUCAGGCUGAAUUUCGAAGCGCAGAACAGCGUGAGUGCCUCUACCAUCUGCUGAAGCCAACCCCAUUCCUUCUCAUGGCAUUACCAACUGCUGGAGGCAAGACCACCCUGUUUCUGCUUGCUGCAAGCCUUGCCUGGGCGCAUACUACUGUCCUGGUGGUUCCCCUUGUUUCAUUGAAGCUGAACCUGCAAUCUAAGCUUCAAAACCUAGGUCUGCCAUGGGUGAAUUGGGAGGAUCAGCAUGAGGAGACCCCUCCUACCCGGCUAGUGCUAGUAUCCAUUGAGUCUGCUGUCAGCCAGGUCUUCAUUAACUGGGCCAUGCAGCUCUACCACCAAAAACGCCCUGGACCGCAUUAUUUUUGA